CUCCUCUACGGCUACUCCUCCUCCUCGGCCCCUCCCCUCCCCAACGCCGCGGCCGUCCGCGCCUCCCCGCCCAACCCGCACAUCCGCAUGCGCCGCGGCGCCGCCUUCCGCUCCUACGACGACUACCUGCGGCACCAGCUCAACAAGACCCUCGACCCGCGCCUCCGCCGCGUCUGGGCCACCCGCGACUGGCGCCGCAAGGUCGACGCCUUCGCGCGCGCCUUCCGGGCCCUCCAGGCCGAGGGCCUCCUCUCCAACGCCUCCCGCGCGCUCUGCGUCGGCGCGCGCCUCGGCCAGGAGGUCGCCGCGCUCCGCCUCGUCGGCGUGCCCGACGCCGUCGGCAUCGACCUCGCCCCGGCGCCGCCGCUCGUCCUCAGGGGCGACUUCCACGCGCAGCCCUUCGCCGACGGGGCCUUCGACUUCGAGUUCUCCAACGUCUUCGACCACGCGCUCUACCCGGACCGCUUCGUCGCCGAGAUCGAGCGCACGCUGCGCCCCGGCGGCGUCGCCGUGCUGCACGUCGCGGUGCACCGCCGCGGGGACAAGUACUCGGCCAACGACCUGCUCGACGUCGACGGCCUGCUCGCGCUCUUCCGGCGGUCGGAGGUGGUCAGGGUCUCCAAGGUCGACGCCUUCGGCCUGGACACCGAGGUCGUCCUCCGCAAGAAGAGUGCUUAAUUACCACUGUUAGGUCAGGGGAAGAGAGAAGAUCUACGAGCAGAACAGGACUUGGAAACAUAUGUCAUAUGUGGCACCUCAUCUCCAAAUUUUCAGCAUUGCGAUUGAAUCAGUUGUACUGGGAUUGCGGCAAUAAGGGGAAUCUUUUCCUUUUCCUUUUAUGUGGGGUUGCUAAUUCAGGGGAAAGCAUCAGCUUUACCUUUCGUGUCCACUUUGGGAAGAGAUUGUACGUAGAAGAGAAUCAAAGAUUGACGCCGCCCCAUUCUGGCAUUCUCCUCCUUGGGAGAACA